CCAAGGCUUACAAAGUCUCAUACUUCACAAAAACAUCCUACCGAGCAGCAAAUCGAUCAAUAUGCUUCUUUUCCCUCCAUCUUCAAUCAAAGAGCCACUCCGUGAUAACACGAACCGCAAAGACUUUGCCCGUUCGACUGGAAGCUGGAAGUCUGCAUCCAGGAAGUCCGGACAUUUUACUGACCUAGCGAUCUCGGAAGUCGGCUCGUCUGACGCAUCAAUAUACAACGCAUCAAAAGCCCCCUCUUGCGUAUCAGAUUCAUCAGAUACGGAUCUUCACCAUCCUUUCGCUCGUACCUUGACUUCCGAUCACGGCAUUCAAUCUGUUUAUGCACGGGCUAAGACGGAAGGACUUACCCAGCAUGACAUGGUCCAGUUUGUCAAUCGUCCGCACGGCACACCUCUUUCCACGAUAGCCGAGCAAAAGUCACUUGCUACUCUUCGGGCUCAGAUCUCCUUUGCUUCGCUCACUAGGAGAAGGCCUGCUCAUCUUGGCAACACACCCUCAGGGAAGCGCAAGGCUGCCAGUACUGACGACACAGUACGGUCCAAGACCCGUCGUAGGUCUUCGAGAGACACUGAAUUAUCGUCGAGCCUUGAUGUUCCGAAUACUAGGAGCGAUCCAGCACAUCCACUACAACCAGCAUUCGUGCCUCCACAUCGAGUCAAGACACCCGAGGGCAUACCAAGAUGGCCCGUCGACAAUCAUACCUCCUUCGUACGAAGAAUUUCGAGGACCUUAGAUUCCGCGAGGUCGAUGUCACUCGGCAAUGGUACACGGUUAGUCCUGAGGACUUUACGCGGAGAGUUACGAUCAAGGAGAAGCGUUCAGCUUCAUCGUUGGCGACCACCUGUUAGUGGACAUUCAACAUAUCGUUACGACCAACCAUUCGAGCACCCUCUCAACAGUGUUCCCAUCGCAGAAGUCAUACAGCCCGGCGAGAACGAGCAGGAUGAGCUACCGUCCUCGUCAAUACCAGAACCAACUCUGGCAGUGAGGCAGUCUCUAGACAGACGAUGUCGCUCAUGGUCAAGUUCUGCCACAUCUGCUCAAAGAGCCCUAGGAGCCAUCGACGGCAACGUAAUUCCCAUCAACCCUGCCAGCGCAGUCAGAGCUCGCUCGGUUCCUGUCCCUCGGAGAUUUAGGUCGACAGAAGCUGAGCCGACCAAAAGAGUAACAGAUGGGGAUAUUGUUUGGCCAGUCCAGAGGCCAGAGCCCUAUCCAUCAGACACAUUGCGGACCACCGAGUUGAUCGAGAAUUUUCCAUCGCCACCCACCAAGAGAUCGGCGAAGACAAGAAGCAAAUUGCAGCCCUUUCUGCCAUUGCCACAAGGGUCUAUGACCACUCAGUUGGGAGACAACAUGACUCGAGAGACAGAAGUCGAUGGCGGUCAAGUUUAGGCAUCAGAUGACCACGACCCAAGCUCAAACCAAGUAGCUCAUCACCCAGCUUCAACCAUUCCUAGGAUGAACGUCGGCUCAGUGAGCACACCUCCACUCCGUGGUGAGCAAGAGUCUCUUGACAAUCACAGCAUCAGCGUGGGUGAGAGCAUGGUAGCAGCUGGCGC